AUUUCUGCAAACUUUUUUGAUAUCACCUUGUGUGAAUUCGCCAUGCUUUGCCACAAACAUUCCUAUUUCUAAAUUCGUCUUGAAGUAGUUCGAUAAGCCUGUCAGCUGAUACGUAUUGUUGUGAAUGCCGGUGUCAACUCAAUUAUUUUCGCCAAAUCCACAAAGUAAAAAGUAUUUAGUGUUGAGCUCAUAUCCAAAUGCCUCUACGCUUCCAAGCAGUAAUGAAGUAAGUUAAAUACCAUCCUUUCGCCAUAAUUUGAAUGUUGUAAAGGUCAUUAACAUUAAAAUGAGCUAUAAGAGAGCAGCUGGAGUGUCCACCAAUCCGAGCAUUUUAAUGCUGAAUGAUGAUUGUUUAUUGGAAAUUUUCAACCAUCUUGAGUUGCACGAUCAGCUGCGUUUGGCCACUAUCUGCCCACGCUUGCGAAACGUAUAUCAAUAUUACUGCCAGAGGCAUUGUAAAUGUUUGUUAGCGGAUGAUAUCAAUGACCUGAGCACAAAAGAGAUCAGACGAUUCUUCGAAAUUGCUGGUGAAUCCUUAGUCACACUAAUUAAUAUGCCGCAUACCGAUCAGGAGCGAAACGAAUAUGUCACUCAAGUACAUAAGAAUUGUCCAAAUAUUCGUCGCAUACAUUUUGGAAUGACGAAAAUUAAGUCAAAAUGUUUACGCAAACUUUUCUUAAAUAUGAAAUAUUUAACUUGCUUACAUUUACAAAAGUGUUCAUUAAAUGACAAUGCAAUGCAAAGUGUAUCGGAGUUGACCACGUUACAGGUUUUGAAAUUGGAAGGAGAAGAAGACAUAACAGGUCGCUUUUUAAGUAAGCUUAUCAACCUCAAGGAACUAGCGCUCGUUGAAUGUGGAAUAAUAGAUGAUUACUUUGUUGCGAUGUGCAAAUCGCUUAGAGAUCUCCAAAAGCUUACGCUGCAGUGGUGUGAUGAACUCACUGAUGUAGCUAUUGCAGCGUUGUCAGAGCAUUGUGUAAACAUAGAAACACUCAAUAUAUCAUGCAAUCAAAGCUAUGAAUAUUACGCAAUAGCCCAACUGCCGAAACUAGUUAACUUAGAAAUAUCCGCUGAAAUGUUUAGAACACAAUCAUUUAAUUUACUCCUAAACCGACUAGCCGAAUGCAAAGGAGAACAACUGGAAUGUUUGCGAAUAUAUUCACCACGCCUAAUUGUUGAUGACGGUAUGAGCUCCUUGUCACGAUUUAAAAAUUUGAAAUUAUUCGGCUGCGAUUGUAGUAAAUACAUUGAUGCUGAUUGCUUGCUAUAUAUUUUCGCACUACAACAUUUGGAGGUUAUUAGUCUAAGAUACUGUCGCUCGGUAACAAAUGAAGCUGUGCUCAUGUUAUUGGAUGGCUGUCCAAAACUGAAGUAUAUAAAUUUAAUGCACUGUGAUCAACUAACAGAUGAGUUAGUUUACAAAACUAUAGAUUUGCUGCAGGCAAAGCAAAGUCAACGGCAAGGUGUACGUGAUAACAAGCCAGUGCUGAUGAUGGUUGCGGGCACAAAAAUAGGAAGCCUUAUGUCAAACGAUGCUAAGUACCUGGCUGCAUUGACCAGUGGCACUUUAAGAUUAAGUUUCGCCAACCCCUUUCAAUAUGCAUAUGAAAACCUAUACUAUACAUUUAACGUGCCGGCCGUUGGGGACUUAAAAUAUUUCUAUUGAUUUGAGGAGCCAGUUGUUUUGUAUUUUUUAUAUAUUUUUUUUGUUAGCUUGUAAUUUGGCAGUUAUUACAUAAUCCAUAUUCCUAAAAAAUAUCACUUAUUAAUUUAUUGCAAAUAAAAAUGAUCUAACGUGUAAUUAGCUCUUAACUUCUUGGCGGCUUUUAGUCUUGUUAAAUUGUAAGAUUUAUAUUAUAAUAUAUGCCAGCUAUGAAAUAAAAUUACUUAUACUUAUAGAGACUUAAAGUAUAUAUCUAGGCAAAAUUUAUACUGUUGCUCUAAAAUCGUCCUGUCAAGUACAGUUUGAAAGUUUGAAUACGCUUUGGAAUUAUCCACCAAUUUUCAGUGCAAACAAUGGGCAGGCUGUACUUAAGCUUAAAGGGCGUUGAAAUACUCAUUUUUGUACCGUCCGUUUUUAAAAUGUCAUUUUCUAACUCAUCUUCUUACCUGCAAAUCUGCAAAAUAUUAAACAAAUUUAAUUGAUAAACAUUUGGUUUAUAUCGAUUAUAUUCCAUUUUAUUCUACAAUUUAUAUUUGAUUCAGAUUAAGGCCUUCCUUAUUAAUAAAAUGUUUACUGAUAAGACAUUUAUUUUAUAUUCCUUAAAUGUAAAGCAUUAUACAAAUCAUACGAGUUUUAACAUAUUCUUCAACUAGUUAUUGAUUUAUGCACGAGUAUGUAUGUAAAGGUAUGUUCGUACUCGAAAUUUUGCUCAUUAUUUCAAUUCAUGUAUGUAUUUAAAUGCAAACCGUACUCGGAAAAAAUAAAAUUGGAACCGAAGUUCUCUUUUAACCAAUCAACUUUAUUUGAGAAAAGGCAAACCAUAAAAAAUGCUAAACUAUUUUAUAAUUAGUGAAAGUAAUGUGUUUUAUUUAUCUAAAUUUAAUUGCAUUUUUAAGUUCCGUUUUCUUUUCCAGUUAUUGCCCGCUGCACAUUGUUUCAUUUAUUGUAUUUUUAAAACAAAAGCGUGAGUUAUCCUUUAACAACUAUUUAACAAAUUAAAAUAAAACAAAUUUUAUUAUACAUAUGUAAGCAUUUGUAAAAAAUUUGUCGGUAAUAUAUGUACGAUUGUGUAAGCUUCAGCGAAUGUAAUCUUCUUUGUUAGUGAAUUUUUGAAUAGCUUACGACUUUCGUGUUUACGUUUAUUUUUGUAUUUUUUUUUGCUGUUAUUUAUGGGUGGCUUUGUAAAGUUUUCAAAAUUAAAUAAAUAAAACUAUUGUUUUAGUGUAUUAUACUAUACAACUGUGUUUUAACUUUUCUCCCUCUCUUUGAUUUACACAAACUCAAAACUUAAGCUAUAUCGAAGGGAAAUUAUUAAACAUUAAUAUUUUUUUAUUGUUUUGUUUUAAACUAAAACAUUUUGGCACUGUAAAGAAAAUAGUUAAGUAAACUAUAUUGAAACUAUGUUUAUUAAAAUUUUGCACGUCAUCAUUCGAGCGGUGUUUGCAUUGGUUGAUAUCCUCAGAAUACUGGCACGAGAUUGCUUUGAAACAGUGGUGGUGCAACAACGAAAGGUGAACGAUCGGCAUGUGUAAGUAAGAAUACUUGGUAAGAAAUAAACUGAAAUUUUUUCAUAACAGUUCCGCACAAUCGCCUAAUAAUUGCUUCAGCAAAAA